AUGGUAACCUCUCCAAAGUCCCAAUCAUCCGUUUGUUCAUCGGAUUCAGACACAAUCAUCCUUGAAGACACUCCUACCAGAAAGCGUCAGAGGCUGGACUCUGAAGCUAUGCAACGGAUGAAAUCCAUUCUUACCAAGAAAUCGGGUGGAAAAUAUUUAAUAAAUGAAUACAACCGAACUAAGUCCUUGACAGAUGAGAGCAGAAGAAAAUUGGUGAAUAUACUGGCAGCUGAGAUGACGGAGAAGAAUGGUACAUCUCCAUCUAGACAGGUGAAGGAAAUGUAUGCACAAGGAAUUGUGAACUUGUUCCCCAACCUCAAAGACCCAUUUUCCAAGAAUGGCUAUGAACAUUUUUAUGAUAGCAACAGUGGUACUGGGUACUUGGCCUGGAGAAUUACAACUAUUCAGAGAUGCAGUGCUAAAGAAAGGCGAUCAUCAUUUGGAGCUUUGGCGGAAGGACCAUCUGAUGAAGACAAGUCGGGAGGACCAACUGUUGGACGAGUUACCCAAUUCAUUCCAGAGAUUGUCCUGUCUGAAGAUGAGUGCAAGGAAGCGAUGUCACUGAAGAAACAUUCGGCUGACGUGGACAUGGUCAUCAAAAAGAUGAAGCUGACAUUUGCCCAUCAGCAUAACAUGGUCCUGGACCCACAGCAGUCAAGCAACAUUCUAUCUUAUUGUCCUCGUUUUAAAGACAUCAAAGGCUUGGUUGAACAGGAUUUUGUUCUAUUGUUUGGAGAGGAUGUAUCGGGCAAGUUUCUGGAGAAGUAG